GCCCCGGCAAGGCGAAGUUUGAGGCGGAGCGACGAUGUUCCUUCCCCACCAAUAUGCCCUUGUGUAUUCCUACCUAAGCAUCGCAUGCAACCUACGCUUGCUAACACCGAUCAUCUUCGUGAUGUGGUCGAAGAUUUUGCCCGCGGUAAUGCGCGGAUAUCAUGUUCCUAGAGGUGUCGCAUUGCUUACUCCCACUUCUGACAUGAUACGCUGGAGUACUGCAUCCAGUGAGUAGAAAUAGGACCCAGAUAGCAGAUGGUCCACAUCUCCCCGUCAGGUAACCAUGCAAGAAAAACCCGCUAGGAACCCGAUUCACAGCGGUAAAUAAUAAUAGUAUCCCAACAGAGAACAAGUAGCAUGAUGGGGUUACAUCAGGAGGGAAAUGCAGUCUCCAAAUUUAGUUUCCUGCGUUAUCAAACUGAUCGAGGCAUAUAAUGAAAUUCCAAGAAGGAAACUUUGAAAAGGGAGUUACUGCAAUCGGAUUUCAUCGCGUCCAUGCUAAUUGCCCUGCAGCAUGCGAUCGCUAUACAUUACACCUUCAAGCGACGCAAAGUUCAACACGUUCCUAGCUAUUCUGCACCGCUUAUGGGCGUUUACAGAUCCAGACGAAUGAGGAAAUGCGGAAGCUGAUGGGAAAACGGUCUAAUUCGGCCGCUCGUGCAUUUCUUUUUAUAACCAGUGAAGAACGGAGGCAGUUUGCCCUCAUUCUUCUUUGGUCCACGGUUUGCGCGUGUCAGCAGCACCUUACACCCAUACCGCCAUGUUGUCUUCAUCUCUCAUCGCUCUUUCGCUGUCUCUUUUGGUUUCUGGCCAGACCUACAGUGCAACAUAUCUACCUUCGAACGCGCCCAAGACCUCGGAGAAGGGUCAGUCGGGAACCAACCAGUGUGGAUCUGGUCAUAACCAGAAUUCCACCUGCCAGAACCUCUACAUCAACUCUGUGGAUGACUUCUGUCUCUUCGCGCCGCCUGAGCCAGGUCCUGGCUCUACGGUAGGCAACACCGAGCGUAUCGAGGUUGCAUGGUGUAUCAAGGAUGGCUAUGGCACCCGGCUCAUUCCUGACGGCACCAUCCAGGGCGCACAUUUCGUGCAGACGCCGGACUAUGUUCAGGUUACUGGCGUUGGCGAUUUCACGAAGAUCAACAUUCCUAAGGGUGAUACUGGAGGCGAGCUUGACCCUCACGGUGCUGACGGGAAUGGUAACCCUAUUGGCGGUUUGGUAUUCUCGAGCGCGUUCGGUCAACUCACUCAGAUUCACGAAUGGACGAACUUCAUGUCUGACAGCGAGUUCUGUAUCCGUGCUUGCAAGGACGGUCCGCGUGCACCUGCAUUGUGCGAGCAUAUCUAUGACGUCAUGGGUUGCGCUUGGAACAUGCCCGGCAACUACGCCCCUGGCACUUUCGAAAAGUGUGCUGCUGACACUGGUGAACCUAUGGGUGUUUACGGCGCUUCGACAUUCCACCAGGGUGAUCCUGUCACUCCUGCGCCCCACCCUGCGCCCAGUUCAUCUCAAUGUUCGACGUUGACGAGUAUCGGAAACAACCUCGCUGCCAGCUCGGCUGCUUCAUCCGGUGCCUCGUCUGCCACGAGCGUAAGUAGUUCGUCGUCUGCAUCUGUCACAGGCUCGUCUUCGUCCUCGUCCUCGGUGUCGGGGUCAAGUGGUUCUUCUGUGGCUCCAGGGUCUGGAACUGGAUCAGGAUCGACCCCUGCACCGACCUCUGGUGCCGGGGCUACCUCGUCUUCAAGCUCUCAUUCCGGAAGCACCACUCCUGCACCUACAGGUGGCGCCGAAAGCAGCGCAGCCUCUAUUCUCCACUCUACUCCUGCCAGCUUCACCCUCAUCUUUGCUGCCAUUAUUGGUGCACUCAUGUUGUAAUUAAUGACCUCACGACCGGACAAUUUUUCUCUUUUUGUUUGGGUUUAGGUUGCUCCAAUUUUGAUUCGGACGCUUGAACUUUAAUCAUACUACCCUUCUUGAAACAGACUUUUCCCCCACUACCCUCCCCACAUAACAGGACCGUGACACAUAUAUACUAGCGGAUUUGUUGUACGUAGGUUGAAGUACCCUAUGUUGCUUUAUACCUAGUUCCUGAAUGUCUCCUACGGUAGUAUACCUUUGUAUGUAGAUACCAUUGGUCACGCUCCUCUUCCUGUCUUUACUGCGAGUUUAAAACAAGGCCUUACUAGAGUGUCCACCACCUUUUUUCCUCCGAGGUUAAGUCUAAUUCGACAUUUGCAUCAAUUCC